CUAAUCUGCAGCCACUCUUUGGUGGUGCUGGUACCAAUUUCAUUUCUCCUACUUUCAAAACAAUCGACCGAGUAUCAGCUACUGGCUGCACCAUAUCAAAACAGUACCCGUUUUCUCGGACGCAAGAAAAGUACCAUCGAGCAGUACCCUUUCAUUUAUUAUUAUUAUUAGGUGGAAAUUGGAUUUUUUUAGUUUUGGUUUUGACCAUUAGAAAAAAAUAUAUAUAAUAAUGAGCAGUGGUACUUAAAGUGUUGGAUUUAAGUGAAUUUUUUUGGACUUAGCGUUAAUUUAACUGCUGAAAAAUGAUGUCAAGAUGGUACCACAUAGUCACCAUCUUGGUACUUACUGUGAUAAACUCAUGUACUUGUGCAAAUAUCCUUAUGAUCACCAUGGGUGGUACGAAGUCUCACAAAAUUCCGUUUUGGGAAUUGGCUAGAGGAUUGAUACCCAAAGGACACAAUAUUACGUUUUUGAGCGCGUUUCCAAGUGAUUUUUAUAUGGAGGGUUUAGAAGAAGUCACUCCAAGUAGUUAUGUAGUUUACGUGAGAAAUUUCACGAACUGGGAUUUGGUUGGUUCCAGAAUGAGAGGGGAGGAACCGGUGCCAUUUUUGGACAUGAUUAAAUUCGGGUAUGAGGCAUGCGAAGUAUUCCUUUCAGAUCCAGAAACCAAAGAGUUCCUAUAUUCGGGCCAGAAGUUUGAUUUGCUCAUAGUAGACGGAGCUUAUCCAGAGUGCGCAAUGGGCUUUGUACAUCAUUAUCGGGCUCCGUUUAUCUACAUCAACACUGUUGGAAUGUACAUGGGAUCCUUAUCGCUGGCUGGUAACCCAACACCUUUUUCCAUUACACCGUUUCUUGCAAGGCCUUUCACUGACAACAUGAGCUUUUUGCAAAGAGUCCAAAACAUGUGUUUUCACUUGUUAGGCAACUUAAUGCAUUCAGUAAUGACCAGGAACAAAAUCCAGCCGAUCGUUAGGAAACAUUUUGGGUCUGACAUGCCCGGAAUUUAUGACAUUUCGAAAAAUGUGAGCUUCAUUUUGCAAAAUGGCCAUCCGGUGCUUACGCACCCUAGGCCCUUUUUGCCUAACGUUGCUGAAGUUGCUUGUUUACAUUGUAGACCUGCAAAAAAAUUGCCCGAGCAUUUGGAACGUUUCAUUGAAGCUUCAGGUGACGAGGGAUUCAUCUACUUUAGCAUGGGCUCGUCAGUGAGAGCCAGCAAUAUUCCCGAAUACUUUAGGGCCUUGUUGAUGGUUGUUUUCAGAAACUUGCCCCAGAGGGUCUUGUGGAAAUACGAAGGUGACGAUCUAAGUGAUAUUCCCAGCAAUGUCAUGCUAGGAAAAUGGUUACCACAACAGGAUAUAUUAGGUCAUCCAAAGCUGAAAGCGUUCGUCACUCACGGAGGACUGCUGAGUAUGUUUGAAACAGUUUACCACGGAGUUCCGGUGGUUUCGUUGCCAGUAUUUUGCGAUCACGAUUCCAACGCUGCCAAAGCGGAAAGUGACGGUUACGCUAUGAAACUAGAGCUCUACACUAUCACACCUGAAAGAUUGCUGAGAGCUAUCAAGACUGUCAUCAGGGAUCCAAAAUAUAAGACACAAGUAAAGUACCGUCAGAAACUUCUGCUAGACCAAACAGAUACCCCUCUAGACAAAGCAGUUUAUUGGACCGAAUACGUCUUAAGACAUAAAGGCGCCUCACACCUACAAUCACCCAGUAGACAUAUGGGCGUUAUCGAAUAUUAUUCAUUAGACGUGCUAGUGUUUUUGCUUCUAGGACUGAUAGCUUUGUACUAUUGUACGAAAAAACUUUUGAGGAUAUUGAGAAUAAUUCCAAAACACGAGGUUCACUUGGAUUUGUCUAGAAAAAGUAUAAAGAUAGAGUAGGUUUGUGUAAAUAAAUAAAUUAUUAAUUGA